GCCUUGUUUGUACUUCAAAACAUCGCUUUUCCUGAUAAUGUUUUUAAACCUGUGUUGAGAGGAAUUAAGUUGUCCACAACUGCUUUGCUAUCACUUCACCAAGAGUUGGUUGUUAAUGGACAAUUAGAUUAUAUAAUGAGCGGUCGCUUCACCCAAGAUGCUCUUGAAAAUUUGUUUUCACAGGUCAGAGGUUUCGGAAAUUCCCAUCUUUCUCUGAUUCAUUUUAGAAAUGCUUUGAAGCUCGUGAUAGUGGGGCAAUUUAUGGAUGUGCCGACGUCGUCAAACUAUGAUGUUGAUGAGACUCCCUAUUUGCUGAGCUUCGUUAAGGAUCAUUUACCAUAUGUGAAUCAUGAAAACGGUGAAGGCAUAUCUCCUGACCCUCUCGAUACACUCGUUAGUGCUGCCACUCCUUUGUUAGAUUUUAUCGAGGGAAAUGGGUUAUAUUAUUUAAUUGGGUGGAGUAUCCACAAGGAAGUUCCUAAAGAAUGUGCCUUGUGUAUGAGUGCUUUCGUUACAUCGGACAUAAACAUAAUCACACAAAAGACAGAAGCAAUACUUUCACUAUUUAAAUCCUACAACUCUAAUCAAAAUCUGACCACUGACAACUUAACCGCUCAUCUUUGCCCCCCCCCAACUCCAUUAAUUUUUGAAUAUUUUGUUCGAGUAGAAUGUAUUUUCCGAUCGAUUAUCGAAAGUGUCAAAGCAUUCUCUAACAUCGAAAACGUUGUUUUGUCCUCGUUACCAUCACCUCCGGCUAAUAUUCCAGAAUGCCAUACUACAGCAGCAAAUUCUGUGAAGCGAUUCAUUAAAGCAAGGCUUAGGAUCCAUGCGGGACACAUAACAUCAGUUGCAUCUGUUAAGCAAUUUGGGAGCAGAACGGCAGCGAGAACUACCAAUAUCAAGUGAUUGUUAAAAUUAUACUGUUAUUAUUUACUCACAUAUUUAUUUAAAUUACCUAAUGUGUACUAUUACACUUCAUCAUUCAGGCAUUUUCGAAGGAGCAAAUUGUUAGAUCCGUUGGGAAAAUAUAGUAAUUGUAACUUAUGACUGGUUGUAAUUCUGUCACGAAAUGAUAAAUCUCUGCUAUCCAAUCUUAUUCAGAAUUUCACUUCAUUUAAUGUGGUGAUUCCAUUUUGCUAUAAUACUACUUUGUUGUGCGUACUUGGUUGGACAUAUGUCUCAUUCAUGACAUUCGUUUCUGUGAUGUACAGUACAUUAUAUCCUUAAUUAGUGACAAAGAAAUGGAAUGGCAUCGUUGUAUCUGCGUUUUAAUCUUUUCAUCCGUGUCUCUGCUGUCUGAAUUAAUAUUAAUAUUGCUAUUCUUGUUUAAAUUGAAUUAAUAUAUCGGGUACCUUUUUUCCUGGGUUGUUGCGUAACUAAUUUUAUUUUAAUCACAGAGUAUUGGCUGUGACUUACUAUUACUAGAUCAUAAUAUAGAUGAUCGUUGUUUUUAACUUGUAUUAGCUAUUACACUCCUCGAAUAUUUCGUUUUCCUUUCGCCAAUAGACUCACCAUAGUAUUUGUUGUUGGCCAGAACGAAUAGAACUUUAGUUUUAUGUCAUGCGUUGUAUUGUAAUUUUAUCUCGCGUCGGAUACACCAUCAUCGCAUUAUUUGAAUCUGGUGAAAUAAAAAUUCUCUACAAAAAUUUGUCUCUACUAAAUAUACUAAUAACGUGACGUGAGUAAACUCCCCUCUCUUCAAUUUUGUUGUCAUUAUUGUGAGAACGUUUACCUGUUAAAGCUAGUUUACUUGAUCUUGAAACCGAUAAUCGAUAGCAAUGAAGGUGGGAGCUGACUUAGAGAACCGUGAGGUAGUAAUACACCCU